AAAUCCACCCACCCUCGUUAUGUUCUUCUGUGGCUUAUAAGUUUUUACAAAACCCUCCACCACCACUCCAAAACUGUAAGGCUCCACCCACGCUGUUUUAAUCAAUCGCUUUUAUAGAAGGGAGUGCACCAGUAACUAAAGAGGGCUGCAAAUAACACAAGUCCGUGAGGAAUUGAAUUACACAAACAAUCAGGUCUUUUUAUUUCUAGGCUCUGCAAGGGAAACCAACCCGAAACGCAGCGUUUUGCCGCUGCAGCCCUAAAACUCAACACUGCUCGCUUAGUGGGGUAAGCCGCGACGACGACGACGACGAUGAAGGUGGUGGCACUCGUUAGCGGCGGUAAAGACAGUUGCUAUGCCAUGAUGAAGGCUAUUCACUAUGGCCAUGAGAUUGUUGCAUUGGCCAAUUUGAUGCCGCUUGAUGAUUCCGUGGACGAGCUCGAUAGCUACAUGUACCAAACUGUUGGGCAUCAAAUUAUUGUCAGAUAUGCUGAAUGCAUGGGAUUGCCAUUGUUCAGGAGGCGAAUACAAGGAUCCUCAAGGCAUCAGGAGCUUGGUUACAAAGAAACUCAAGGUGAUGAAGUUGAAGACCUGUGCAUUUUGUUACGUGAAGUUAAAAGGCAGAUACCCUCAGUUAGUGCAGUUUCUUCUGGAGCCAUUGCAUCUGACUAUCAGAGAUUGCGGGUGGAAAGUGUUUGUUCAAGGUUAGGCCUUGUUUCUCUGGCAUACUUAUGGAAACAAGAUCAGUCAUUGCUUCUCCAGGAAAUGAUUACAAAUGGAAUUGUAGCUGUAACUGUGAAGGUAGCUGCCAUGGGUUUGGAUCCUGCAAAGCACUUGGGUAAAGAAUUAGCCUUCUUAAAUGCUUAUUUACAUAAAUUGAAAGAAUUGUAUGGAAUCAAUGUUUGUGGUGAAGGAGGGGAAUAUGAAACAUUAACUCUUGAUUGCCCGCUCUUUUCUAAUGCUCGCAUUGUGCUUGAUGAAUAUCAAGUUGUGAUGCACUCUUCAGAUUCCAUAGCUCCUGUCGGAAUCCUUCAUCCCCUGGCAUUUCAUUUGGAAAAUAAGGCAGAUGUUCAGUAUUUAAAAUCACAAGACAAAAUACAUGAGAGUUUUACACAGAAACUGGGAUCUGUUUUUGAAGUGCAAGACAGUGUAGAAGGAUGUGAGGCCACAUGCAAGCCUGUAGAUUAUAGAGCUGACCCAAUUAAUGACAUAGAACAUAAAUUUAACAUCUCAAGAACAAAUAACAAGGGCACAUUCUCCAUAUGUUUCUGGUUGCAAGAUUCAUGCAAUGCAGGUUUGCAGGAAGACUUGAAGAUUGUUUUGGGGAAAAUUGAAUCACAGUUAUUGGGCCUUGGUUUUGGCUGGGAGAAUGUCCUUUAUAUUCACCUUUACAUUGAUGACAUGAAUAAGUUCUCUGAGGCAAAUGAGACAUAUGUGAAGUUUAUAACACAGGAGAAAUGUCCAUUUGGUGUUCCGUCUCGUAGUACUGUUGAAAUGCCUCUUAUAGAAAUGGGUUUCAGCAGAGCAUACAUUGAAGUACUGGUAGCAAACAAUAAAGAUAAAAAGGUUUUGCAUGUACAGAGUAUUUCCUCUUGGGCACCUAGUUGCAUUGGGCCAUACAGCCAGGCAACCUUGCAUGAGGGUAUACUUCACAUGGCUGGUCAAUUGGGGCUUGAUCCUCCAACAAUGAAUCUUUGCAAGGGAGGCCCUGGUGUUGAACUGGAACAAGCACUAAAAAACAGUGAAGCGGUGGCAAAAUGCUUUAAUUGUUCAAUAACGACAUCUGCAAUUGCUUUUGUUAUUUACUGUUCUAAACAUAUUUCAUUAUUGGAGAGACUUGAUAUUCAGGAGAAGCAAGAAACAAUCCUUAGACAGAUGAAGAUCUCCCAUUUACAGGAAAGAACCACUUACAAAGCAUUAGAUCCCUUGUUCCUUUAUGUUCUUGUUCCUGAUCUACCUAAAAGAGCAUAUGUAGAAGUAAAGCCUAUUCUUUAUGUCGAGGAUGACACGGAUGUAGCAUUUGAGGUCGUAACAGAAAGAUUUUGUUUGGAGACACCACCAAGUUAUUGGGGUUUCAAGCCGGAAAAUUGGCAUGAUUCUUGCACUCAGAAAUGUGUGAUUUCUGGAAAGAUAUGUGCCAUUAUACUGUCUAUUACUAGUGAGCUGGCUGCCAAGAUAUGUUUUGAUUCUCUGCCUGCUGAAUAUGUGAAUAAUGGUCAGCAUUCUCUUCCAAAGGCACAUAUGGAGAAGAUAUCAAAGUUCUGCAUUUACCUUCUUGACAAAGUUAUGACAGACGAUGACUUUGCUUGGGAAGAUAUAAUGAGUUUGAGGUUCUACAUCCCUGUAAGCCUUCAAAUGUCAGUGCAGCUAUUACAACCUAUGUUCUGCAAUGCUCUUUUUGAACUUUCGGAAAUGAGUCAGAAGAAAUUAAAAACUGGUGAGGAGCCAAUCUUCAACAUAGUUCCUGUCAUAGGUUCUGGGAGGUCUGCUUCAUCCAUGGACGAUGUAGUAACCUGUGAAUUAAUGGCUCAGAAAUCCUGAGUAAAUAUAUGCUUUCUGAAAACACUCUUUAAUUGGCUGGGGUUCAAGGGGUGGUUCAGUUGCUGUGCACUUUACCAGUUGAUCUACAAUUUUUAUUUUUAAAUACAAAAUGGAUUCCCUUUUUUGGAAGCCAAAACAACGACGGUUUCACUGACAGCUUGGUGAAGACGACGGAAUGGGGGAUUUCACUCAUUUAAGUUGUUAAUGGCUUGGUGUAUAAAAAACAAAGAGUUGGGAAAUUAUGUUGAUCAUUCGCUAGAUUUCAUAAAUUUUGGAGCCUCCCUUUUAAUUCUAAGAAUUACAUAUUGUACUCUGCAUUUAGCUGUAUGGAAGGUGGUUUUAUGAAGGAAAUUUUAUCAAACUUUAGGGAUGUCAAUAUAACUUAAACAAAGUGUAAUCUUGGUGGUUGCUUUAACCCGAGUUGUUAGCAAUUGCUUUCUUAUUUAACUGUUUAUUUGUUAAUCUUAUAAUGGGUAAUGAUAUUUAAUAUUUA